GGUAGCCAAGAACCUCCACUCGCACACGCGACGAGGUCGGCCGAUCUGGCUCCCAGGCGCACCCAAUCGGAGCAGGCUACGUCUAGAACAACCGAUCACCGGCUUGGCAAUAUCGAAGAAGAAGUACGCAGCGGGCUUGAAAUAGCAUCAGCUGCGCUUGGCCAACCACAAAGAACAGGAGAAGUCCCUUUUUAUACAGGAGAACGAACAGGACCCACGUCGGCCCUCGAUAUCUGCUCACCAGGACAAUCAUUACCGAAGCACUUCCUUAUUCCUUCUCAUCGGAAAGAUCUAAGCGAUGAGGAUCGUGAAUUUCUGCAACGAAAAGGCGUUUUUACACUCCCAGGGAAGAAUGCUUGUGAUAGUAUGGUCGAGGCCUACUUACUUCAUGUGCACCCAAUCCUGCCAGUGGUCGAAGCCGACCUAUUAUUACAGCAUCAUCAAUCGGGACAGCUUCACAGUCACAAUACCCUACUACUCUGGAGUCUGUUUUUUGUCGCAGUUAAUUUCAUCCCAGUGGACAUAUGCGAGCAAGAGGGAUUCGCCUCAAGAAGAGAGAUGAGAUUCGAUAUGUAUUCACGAGCCAAAUGCAUGUAUUACAACGGCAACGAACGAAGUAAUAUCGUACUAUUGCAGUCUUCGCUGCUUUUGGGAUUUUGGCAUUCCGAUAUAGAAGAGCAUACACAACCCUGGUACUGGACAGGGAUCGCCAUAAGCCUAGGCCAAAUUCUCGGCCUGCAUCGUGACCCUGGGGUAUCAAAUUACAAUUCCUCCAUCACCGACCGACAAAGAUCAUUCUGGCGUCGUCUUUGGUGGUGCUGCUUCUUUCGAGAUCGCUGGUUAGGCCUUACUUUGGGCAGACCCUUACGCAUCAAUCUUGAUGACUGUGAUAUUCCUAUGCCGUCAGUCGACGAUAUGCUAUUCGACAUUGGGGUCUCCCAGGAAAAUAGCUCGCCGUCGAGCUUUCCAGGGCAUAUGCGAAGGUCAGCUGAGUACUGGAUUAUUCUUAUAGAGCUAAGCUGUCAGCUUGGUAAAAUCAUGACGUUGAACUAUCAAGCAGCGAGGUUAAAGCCUUCUCUCGAUGAGGUUGAGAUGAUUGAGAGACAGCUGCUACAGAGCAGAUUGCCCGAUCAGUAUGAAGUUGGGCUGAUGCCGAGCACCCGGUUUUAUUCAAACCACGUUCAUUUACAUUACCAAGCGAUGUUGGUCACGUUUUAUCGACCCUGGGGGACGGAUGCUCCGAAUGAACUUCAUGACAGCGCUAAGAAAGACUGGCAACAUCGAAUGAGACUCAGAGCGGAUGCUGCCGCCUCCAGAACAAACGAGAUUCUAGAUGCGCUAGUUCAAGAUGAUCUUCUGGGGUUUGCAGGGCCUAUGACACCGCCACAUUUAGUUCCCGCGAUGCAGGCGCAUCUGCUUCAUUGCAAAACUGGAGAUCCUCUUUCGAAGCGGGUGAGGCUGAACAAGCUCGAAAUGUGCAUGUUGGUCAUGGAAGAGCUUCAAAAGACGUACACUGUGGCCUCGAUCUAUCGGGCGGUCUUUACCAAGGCCAUUCAGAUGAUUUUCCCAGGGUACUCGGCCCCUGUGGCACCAUUUAGCUCCACGGCCAAUGCUGCAGCUGCAGCCCCAACUCCUGCAAGCGUCAAUGGUGCAGCAUCUAUUUUCAAUUUCUGGGAGACCUGGAAUCAGAUAUAG